CAAAAAAAUCAUUCCGCUUCGUUGUCUGCUUUGGACUAGAUAGAUUUUCAGAUUAUUGACGGAAGAAAAGAGUUUUUAAGGAAGCUGCAACAUUAUUAAUUCUUAUUAUUGAAAAAUAGAAUAAACAAUAAUCAUGGAUGAUGAUUUACCAAAAGAAUUUGAUUUGAUUGUCAUUGGAACAGGCUUUCCCGAGUCUUGUGUAGCUGCUGCAGCCAGCCGAGUCGGAAAAACUGUACUGCACAUAGAUCCCAAUGAAUAUUAUGGAGGUUCAUGGGCCUCCUUCAAUUUGGAUGCAUACAAUGCAUUGCUGAAUGAAAGCAAUGCAGAUAAAAGCAAAGAAAUCAAAAAUGGAAAAUUUGAAUGGCACAUUCCAUUAGAGGGAGAACCAGCCGAGGAUGUGGCCAACUCUGAGGAUGCAGAAAAGAAAACACAAUGGACUGCCGACAAAGUUUUAAAACAAUCACGAAAAUUCAACUUAGAUUUAUGUCCCAAAAUCCUUUUUUCCUCUGGGGAUUUAGUGCAAUUAUUGAUUUCUUCUAACAUCUGUCGAUAUGCUGAGUUUAGAGCCAUCGACCGCAUCUUUACCCAAUUCGAGGGAAAGCUUUUGACGGUGCCCUGUUCGAGAAGUGAUGUUUUUAAUACCAAAGACUUGAGUAUUGUAGAGAAAAGACUGUUGAUGAAAUUCCUUACCAUAUGUUUGACAUAUGGCGAAGAUAAGUGCGAGGAGGAUAUGUCGGAGUUUAAGGGCAAGACCUUCAUUGAGUAUUUGCGAGAACAAAAAGUCACCGAAAAGAUUUACAAGUGUGUAAUGCAGGCCAUUGCCAUGACCAGUGAAGAUACCACAUUCGAGGAGGGUAUGGAGCGUACUAAAAAGUUUUUGAAAAGUUUGGGUCGUUAUGGAAAUACUCCUUUUAUAUUUCCCAUGUACGGUUGUGGUGAGAUACCACAAUGCUUUUGUCGUCUCUGUGCAGUAUUUGGAGGAAUUUAUUGUCUGAAGAGGCAAAUAAGUGCUGUAAAUGUGGACGAUGGUGCCCAGAGGGUUAGCAUUGAGGUCGAUGGUCAACACCAAGUCCAGGCUAAACAUAUUGUGUGCUCUACCAGUAACUUGCCAGCUUCUCUGCGCAGUGAAAAUCCCAAGAAUUGUUUGUCGAGAGGCAUCUUUAUUGCUUCGUCGCCUUUGGGCAAUUUUGAAUUGAACUCCUGUGGCGGAGGUGUUAGUUUAUUGAGACUUAUUUCCGCCGAUGGCAAACGAGAGGCAAUACUUGUCCAAUUGUCUCAUUAUUCAGGAACAACUCCAAAGGAAUUGUUUACAUUCCAUUUAACUACUAGCGCUUUAAGCGAUACUCCACAGUCUGAUUUGGAAGCUUUUACUCAGCAAAUAUUUACUAAUUCCCCAGAAUCACCAAACAUUUUAUACUCAUCAUUCUUCACCAUAAGUGGUUUUGAACUGAAAUCAAAUGGAAGUGGCCUAAUACAGGCAACUGCUCCACCCUUCUAUGAAUUGGACUAUGAUAAAUCCAUACAAGAUGCCCGAAAUAUAUUUUCCAAACUCUACGCCGAUCAGGAGUUCCUGCCACGUGCACCCGAUCCAGAAGAAAUUGUUAUCGAAGGUGAAGAUCCAAAGGCCUUAAGUGAACAGCAAUUACCCGAUGAUUUGAAAGCACAACUGCGUGAAAUUGAAAAAUUUGCUGAGCAAAUGGACAUUGCCGAAAUGAAUGAGGACAACAAAACCGAAGAAGCUAUGGAAUCGUAAAUGACCGACAACUGUGCGAAAGACAUAAAGAAGACAAAUAUAAUAUGGAUAUUUCCAAAUAGUUUACUUACAUACUAUAUAUUAAACUCAUUUAUAUUUCCUAUGAUGAACGCUUUUCUCUAUUUAAGCACUGCUAUUUUUAUGAAACAUAUUUAUAUAAUAAAACAAAUAAUUGUCACGUAA